AUGCAAAUAUACCACAAAAAAAAGGUUGACAGAUCGAUUAAAAGCAAGGACUCGGUGGAGGAUUGGUUGGCGUUGAAGGGGACGUACUUGGCGGAGAAGCCAUGGGACGAGUCGUGGCGGAGGGCCUCGUCGCGGAUGCUCUCACCCACGGGGCGGCGGUGCUUGAUCGAGGCGGAGGCGGACGCGGCGGCGGAAGGGGGAUUAGAAGAGGUGGCGGACUUGUGUGAAGGGGGAUCGGAGGAGUCAACUAAAUCAGUCGUUCGACUGAUAUUAUUGGGCUUGGAAGGGGGAUCGAAGGAGUCGACUGUUUCGAUUGAUGCUAUUGGCGCGGACGGUGAGGUGGCGGUGGCGCGGACGGUGAGGUGGCGGUGGCGCGGACGGUGGAGGGUUUUGUGUGAAGAAGAGAGAGAGAGAGAGAGAGGGCCUUUUGGUAUGUACUCGGGUGUGAAUGAUGUUAAUCUCCAUGCAUGGCCAAAUUCUUCAACUUCGAGUUACACACACAUAAACACAACUCAAGACAUAGGCUUUUCAAACAAAGCCGAGAAAUACCACUCGUCCUUAUCCACCCCACGGUCAAACUUCAUCCCCGUAUUCCACCUCAGCGUCCUAAACCCGACCCUCUCAAACAUCGGCACAUACGUCCCAUUCAGCUGCGACCCGAAGCAAAAGAAUCUAUCCAGCCAAAAAAUCCCCCCUGGCCUCAACACCCUGUACACGUCAUACAGAAUAAACUCCAUCAUCACAUCCGGAAUCCAGUUACUUAUCACGUGCAUCGAGUGCACGAUAUCCAGCGUGUUCUCGAAAAACGGCAGCCUCUCCGAAACCGUCACGUGCAUCGAGAUCAGCCCACGUGACGAAAUAAAACUGUUGAAAGGCCCGUCAAAAUUCAUUGAGGUCGUCACAAUCGUAACAUUCCUUUCCAUCAUUCGGGCCGCAAACGAGCCCGACCCGCCCCCAAUAUCAAGCCCGAUCCGAAUCGUGCCCUUUGGUUUGGUUGCAAGGACUCGAUCGAUCCCGAAAUCGAGCCCCCCAUUGUCGCGGAGCCACCGAACCCUUUCCCUGCCUUGUGUAGGGGUCCCAGACGAUGCUGGUGUCGGGCGGGGUGGCCCAGAGGCUGGCGGGCAGCGGGUCGGGUUCGGUGUCGUGGGCGAGGGCGGGUUUAAGGCAGCCGGAGCCGACGGAGAAGUAGAUCUGGUCGGAGCCCAUGCGGGGGUUGUGGCCGAAGGGGAGCUUGUGGGGCCCGAGGCUGAGUUUGGCUUCGUCGGAGAGGAGGUGGUCCUGGGUUGGGAGUUGGGCGAGUUGGGUGAGUUGGGUGAGUAG